GUAAACAUAAAUACUGUUCUUACCAUAAGUUGAGGGAACACCUUAAGGAUACCCAUUGCUUAUCAUGAAAUAGUUGACCAUUCUAUCAAUCUGGGACGCUUUUAAUUACCUAAUCUUAGAAGAUUAUUUUCAGAGAUUAUUUUAUGCUUCAUUUCUAUCAACAGUUAUAAGCAGUGUUGUGGAGAGUCUGUUGAAAGCAGAUAGAAGAGGUUCUUUUCGAAAUGAAAAUUGUACAUUGGUGCUACUACCUUGAACAAAAAUUUAACGCGCCUCCUUAAGUUGUUCAUAAAAGAUGGCGACCUAAGCAAGAACUUGUGUACCUUUUCGAGGCCAACGGGGGUAACAGAGUGCUCUUGAUCUAACAAAUUAUUUAGCCUUAUAUGUUAAUGAUCUGAUAUGUAAGACCUAAAUUUUAGCUGCUUCAUCUGAAAGAAGACAAAACUGGAAUCUGAGUGUUGGACGGCGGUGGAUGCAGAAUGAUGUGAUGAUGCCAAGGGUGGAAAGAUGAAAGGAUGGUCAGUCCAUUGACGACAGUCUUGUGCCUGUUUAUUACUGGCAUGGUUUUAGUCAUGUGUUUUGGAAUUUGCCUUCUGAUAAAAAACUUAUGCAGGUCUUCAAGUGAACCUGGAAAAAUAAAGACAGCAAAAUACAAAAGGAAAGGGUUUUUCAAGCAGGCCACAUGCUCUAAUGAGAUGUGUGCAGUCUGUCUGGAAGAAUUUGAAGUCAGUGAAAAUAUAAAUGUUUGUCCUUGCACACAUGGAUAUCAUGCUCAGUGCCUGCAUAACUGGCUUCAAGUAAAAAACAUGUGUCCAAUAUGUCAAAGUGAUCUUCUAUUUGCUCAAGGGGAAAAUAUGCCUUUACUAAGGGUGUAUACCAUUGAUGUAUGAAGACCCACCAAAGACAGAAAUUCCCAGUGCCUUAACCUGAUUCGUAUACCAACAAAGUCUUUGAAAUGUUCGACUUUGCCAUUUGAAAACAAAGAAUUGCAAACACUGCAUAACAAUAUUAUUCCGGACGGAUGUUGGAUAGACAUCAGCCAUCAUGAAUGUUUAGGCCAAAAAUACUCAAUAAUAAAUUAUUUCAUAUAUAAUUUUGUAUGCAUGGUAAUGGAUUACAGAGUAUAAUUUUCAGUUGGAUGAGAAUUUGGAAAUUAUUGUAGAAUUGUAUUUGGAAUAUGUAAAUAUUUACCUCUUCAGUUUUGGAAAUUAGCCGCUUCUGUAAUGUUU